CAUGGCGGAACGGUCAUGUCGGUCGCUUUUGGCGCAGACGGCCAGCGGCUUGCAUUCGGGUCCGGGUUCGGUGACAAGACCAUUAAGCUAUGGGAUACGGCUACGGGGGCCUGUGUGCAGACGCUCGAGGGCCACAGCGGUGGGGUCAACUCGGUCGCGUUUGCCGCGGACGGUCAGCGGCUUGCAUCCGGGUCCUGGGACAAGACCAUCAAGCUAUGGGAUACAGCUACGGGGGCCUGUCUGCAGACGCUCGAGGGCUAUAGGGAUAAGGUCAGCUCGGUCGCGUUUGCCGUAUACGGUCAGCGGCUUGCAUCCGGGUCCCGUGACAAGACCAUCAAGCUAUGGGAUACGGCUACGGGG